AUGUCGGGUCCAAACAGUCAGCCUGGGCUUAACUUUCCACAAGUGGCCAACCUCCGGCACGGCCGAUCUCACCCAGGGCAGAGCUUCCCGCCUCUACACGCGAACCCGACCAACAAACCCUCGCCCGGCACCCAUCACGCGUCUCCCUAUCAACCUCAUGCCUACACUCCGCAGCAGCCGCCUCAGGGCACAUAUCCCCAGCAUAUUUUCCAUCAGACCCCGACGCCCGUCAAUGGACACCUUGGCGGCGGCGCGCGCUCGUCUCAGAGCCAUGUCCCCAAUAACAACGCACCUGUCGGACGCCAGAGAGGACCUCCAUCGCGCCAGCAGAUGCCCACGCCGCCUUCCAUGUACCUGACGCAAGCCAUAGGUCAACAGCAUGGCUUGGGACAGCAGCAGAGCCCCGCCCAGCAACAGGGCCUCGGUCAACCGCCCAGCUUGGGGCAGCACCAGGGGCUAGGACAGCAGCAGGCCCUCGGCCAGCAGCAAAGUCUUGGACAACAGCAAAGCAUGAGGCAGCAACAGCAGAACCUGGGACCGCAACAAGGUCUAGGACAGGCGAUGCAGCAAAACAUGGGGCAGCAAAACAUGGGCCAGCAGCAAAGCAAUGGACCACAACAUGGCCUUGGACAGCAGCCUCAAGGUCUGGGUCAGCAGUCUCAAGGGAUCAACCAGCAGUCCAGCAUGCAGCAACAGACAGGUCUCGGCCAACAGCAAGGCCUUGGUCAGCAGCAGAACUCUGUUCAGCAGCAGCACAAUAUGGGCCUUCAACAAAACCAAGGACAACAGCAGGGCAUCGGGCGACAGCAGAGUAUAGGCCAGCCACAAAGCAUGGGGCCACAACCAUCUAUGGACCAACAGGAAGUGCAAUCUCAGCCUCAGCAGAUCGACCCGAUCAACGCGCGCUCGUCGCAUGCACAGCCAUCCUCGUCUUUGCCUGAGCCUCAGCAGACGCAGGCCAUGCGCAUGUUUCAGGACAAUAUGCAUCGUGCUGAAGAAGCGAUGCAGCAGCAAAGUCUUCAACAGCAGCAACAGCAGCAAAAACAGCAGCAGCAGCAGCAGCAAGCACAGCAGCAGCAGCAAGCACAGCAGCAGCAGCAACAACAACAACAAGCACAGCAACAAGCACAGCAGCAAGCGCAGCAGCAAGCACAGCAGCAAGCACAGCAGCAAGCGCAGCAGCAAGCACAGCAGCAAGCGCAACAGCAAGCGCAGCAGCAAGCGCAACAGCAAGCGCAACAGCAAGCGCAACAGCAAGCACAGCAGCAGCAACAGCCGAAACCGAAGUCCCAAUCGCGACAAAAGAGCAAACAGAAGCAAGCUACCCAGGCACAGGCACAGGCACAGGCACAGGCACAGGCACAGGCACAGGCACAGGCACAGGCACAGGCACAGGCACAGGCACAGGCCCCUCCGCCUCCGCCUCCGCCUCCGCCUGUCACCCAGCCAGGACCCUCGGUGCCCUCACUUGAGGCGCAGCAUUCUGACGAUGCCAUCAUGGUGGAUGGGGACUCGGAUGACGGCGAUGGAUCUGGCGUGCCAGACCAUGUGCAAAAUGCAAUGCGCGCUGCAGGCAUUAUCUACCAGGCGCCGGAGCCCAUGGGUGCCAGCAUGUCACCCCCGCCCGAAGGAGGUAGCUACACGACCUUGGAGGCCAUCCAUAAAAGCGCCCUUGCCUACGCCACCUCGGUUGGGUAUGCCAUUGUCAUUGGGCGGUCCAAGAAGACUGUGCCAGGCCUCAAGAAGGUGCUCUUCGUAUGCGAUCGAGCUGGUCUUCCUCCUAGUCGCGUGAGUCCGGAGGCACGGAAGCGCAAGACUUCGUCCCGCAAAUGCGGCUGCCAAUUUGGGUUCUUCGCCAUUGAGCAGCGGACGCAGUGGACCAUCCGAUAUCGUCCUGACCCCAUUCACACCGAGCACAACCAUGGUCCAAGCGAAAGCCCCCUUUUACACCCGGCAGCUCGAAAGCUGAAUGCGACGAUGGUGCAUGCUGUCAAGAAUUCUGAAAGAAAGCGGUGA